UUUUAUUUUUUGGUUGCCGGGCGAAGAACCCUGCUUAAAAAAAUAAAAAAAAUUUACAGGUUGUGUUUUUCUUUUUAACCUUGUGAUUUUUGACAUGUUGAAUAAAUCAGCUUCUUGGAUAGUCCGUGAAUACAAACUGGUUAUGGUGGGUGGUGGUGGCGUGGGCAAGUCUGCCUUGACCAUUCAAUUCAUUCAGUCUCAUUUCGUGGAUGAGUAUGAUCCCACUAUUGAAGAUUCUUAUCGAAAGCAAUGUGUCAUUGAUGAAGAAACGGCACUCCUUGACGUGCUCGACACUGCCGGGCAAGAAGAAUACAGUGCUAUGAGGGAACAGUACAUGAGGAAUGGCGAAGGAUUUUUGCUGGUGUAUUCGAUCACUUCCCGCAUGUCCUUCGAGGAGAUUGAAACAUUUUACCAGCAGAUUUGCCGAGUGAAAGACAGAGACCACUUUCCGAUGGUGCUGAUAGCGAAUAAGUGUGACCUUGAAUAUGAUCGACAGGUGUCUAGUCAAGAAGGGAGAGAUUUGGCACAGCAUUAUGGCUGCCAAUUUGUAGAAUCCUCAGCAAAAGAACGUGUUAAUGUGGAUGAGGCAUUCCAUGAAGUAGUGCGAGAUAUUAGACGAUACAAUAAAGAACAAGAUACACAGACCGAUGUCUCUGUCGUGAAAAAUCAGCUUCAGCAUCAACCCAAGAAGUCUAAAUGUUGUAUCCUGAUGUAAAAAAAAAUCUCCCUUUAUAUUCCCCUAUUAUUCUCAUUUUACUCCGUUUUACAUAAACUAGUGGCAAUUUUCUGUCUUUCUUUUAUGCAAGGAGUUUAACUCCCAAAACGAAAACACUAAAAAGAGAUGAUCUUGUGUAACGGAUGGUUUCACCAAUGAAAAAUCUCACAGCUGAUGUGCAAAAAUUUAACAGGACAAAAACUAUAAACCC